AUGGUGGGUUAUCCAUCUCAAACACCCCCGUUUAAUGCUUAUAUGCCAAUGGGGAAUGAAAAUGUUCUGAGUUGCUAUGCAUUUGCAAGCAAGCAGUUGGUCGGAGAAUGUUAUUUUACCAAAAGCACAAGAAUUAUACGCAAGUGGGAAGAAUGUUCAAUUCAAUUUAAUGGCACGCUCUCCGUCAUCAACCACAUAUAUGGUAGUCAAGCAGGAGGAAAUACUGGCUCAGGAAGUAGUGGAUCUAAAAGAUCUCACGAGAGUGAUGCAUGUGGCUCAAACUUUGUAGGAUCUAGUGCUCGUCCAAUGGGUAGGGAGGCAGCUAAAAAAAAGGGUAAAAAGAAAAGCAGGGAACUUGAACGAUUGGACAAGAUAGCCUUGAUGCAACUGGAGGCUAACCAAUUGAUGAAAGAAAUGACUCAUACUAAGAAAAUGAAAAUGUAUAUAAAGAUAAGUUCCAAAGAGCAUCUCGAUGACCAGAAGAAAGAUAUGUUGGAAAAGUUGGGCCAAGAACUAUUUGGAAAUUAAUUUUAAUCAAUUAUUUGACUGAGUUCCGACCAAACUUGGCAGUGCUGUCAAGUCCCCAGUGUUUGCUUUAAUAAUUGUCAGUGAUGUCAAGUCUGUAUUAUUUGCUUUAAUAAUUGUCUGUGACUUUUGGCUUUAAUGUAUGGGUUAUUGUGUUUGAAUAUGUACCACCCAAUUCAAAUCUAGUCCUUAUCUGAUAAUUAACUCUAUACAAUAACUUAUUUCGAAUCUGUUAGUGUCCACCAUUCAAUGUACUUAUAUAUAGGGACUCAUAGAUCCAUUGAUGUACCAAUAUCCCAAAUCUCAUUUAAUCUACUUCCAAUAUCACAAAAAAUUAUUAAUGGAUCCAUCAAAAUAUCCUUUUGAUAUUGCAGCCUACAAUCGAAAAUGUGAAAUUGAAGAAACUUAUACUUAUAUGGUCAACCAAUUCAGAGAGCGUCGAAACAAAAUAUUGGAAGAUAGUGCAUGUCGUAGUAGAAAAUAUCUCAAUAGAUAUUAUGCAGCGGCGAACCAAAGACUAAUUGACGACUACUUUGCCAAUGAGCCUACAUAUGACGAUGCAAUGUUUCAUCGUCAGUACCGGAUGUAAAAACAUGUUUUCCUUCAAAUCGUUGGGGACCUUUCAAGUAGUGAAGUGGUCGAUGCAGCCAAUAAAGAAGGUAUAUCACCCUUAGCAAAAUGUACAUCAAAAUGCGAAUGUUAGCAUAUGGUGUGGCAGCAGAUGCGGUCGAUGAGUACAUCAAAAUAGGAGGUACUACAACAUUGAAAUGCUUACGUAGAUUAUGUAAAGGAAUCAUACGAUUGUAUGAGCAAGUGUACCUGAGAGCACCAACCCAAGAUGACCUGCAUAUAAUACUACAUGUUAGUGAAAUGCGGGGUUCCCAGGGAUGAUCGAGAGUAUUGACUGCAUGCACUAGGAGUGGAAAAAUUGUCCUAAAGCAUGGGAAUCUCAAUUUACUAGGGGGAUAAGGAACCACCACAAUUAUCUUGAAGCGGUUGCAUCUCAUGAUCUAUGUAUUUGACAUGCCUUUUUUGGAUGAUCGUGAAUGUUGAACAAUAUAAACGUUCUAGAUCGGUCACCGGUGUUUGAUGAUGGGGAACAGGGAAAGGCUCUAAGUGUGAAUUUCUUUGUGAAUCAACGUCCCUAUAAUAUGGCAUAUUAUCUAGCUGAUGGUAUGUACCCUUCUAAUCCAACAUUCGUCAGAUCAAUUAGACUUCCUCAAAGGGAACCCGAUAAAUGAGGUGUUAGCCGCUUUUGCAAAUCAUGUGUGUGCUAGAUCUGAGUUGCGUUAUCCAACUGUUCAUCAUGAAUUGCAAGCAGAUCUAGUGAAGAAUAUAUGGACACAAUUUGGAAUGUUUCGUGAUUGAAGAUGAUUUGUAUCGUACUAAUUAAGUUACUUGUGUGUUGUGUGCUUAGUUUGUUGUCUUACAUUUUAAGGUAUUUGUGUGCCGCGUUCUUAGUUUAUUGUAUUCCAUUUAAAGUUAUUGGUAAUGUUUGUUUU